CUGGUGGCCCAAGGGCAGUUCACGGUGAUCAAACAGCCGCUGGGAUUCAUAAAGGUCCUACAAUGGAUCUUUGCAAUCUUCGCCUUCUCGACAUGUGGCAGCUACUCCGGCAUAUUCAAGAUGAGCGUGGAGUGUAAAAACCGAUCAGACAGUAACCUAGACAUAAAAGUAGAAUUUGAAUAUCCUUUCAGGCUCCAUCAGGUUUACUUUGAUGCCCCCACCUGUAAGGGAGGAAACGAGGAGCGUCUGUUCCUGGUCGGAGACUACUCUUCUUCAGCCCAGUUCUUCGUCACCAUCGGUGUCUUUUCCUUCCUCUACUCCAUGGCAGCCCUCGCUGUAUACUCUUUCAUACUGGAGAAGUAUCGUGAAAACAACAAGGGAGCUCAGAUUGACUUCGGUGUGACGGCAGUGUUUGCCUUCAUGUGGCUGGUGUCCUCGUGCGCUUGGGCUAAAGGUCUGUCGGACGUGAAAACAGCCACUGAUCCGGAGAGAGUCGUCACUCUCAUCGCAGCCUGUGACGAGCCAGAAAACCGCUGCCGUGAGGUCUUUGAACCCAAGGUCUCUGGCCUCAACACCUCCGUGGCUUUUGGUUUCAUUAACCUGAUCCUGUGGCUGGGAAACCUGUGGUUCGUCUUCAAAGAGACCGGCUGGAUGGCUGCGUUCGCUGGAACGUACGCCCCAUCGCAGGAGAAGCAGCCCGCCCCCGAUUCCUUUGGCCAGGGAGGCUACGCGCAGCAGGACCCCUAUGCCGGCACCCAGGGAGGGUAYCAGCCCGACUACGGCCAGCAAGGAGGCUACAACGAAGAUGGAGGUUACAACCAGGGCUAUGACCAGCAGCCCACCUCCUACUCUAAUCAAAUGUGAGCCCGCCCAGCUGAACCGCAGCUGCAGGAUGGGUGACCUUGUGAUUUCGGCGAACGGCUCUCGACCACCACCUGCAUUUCCACGCUCCUCUGUUUGUCUGUUUGUGUGUYCGUGUGAGUCGACAGGCGCUGGGAGGGAGGGCUUAAAAACACUUGUGGGUCUUUGAGGGGAGUGGUGGAGGGGGGAUCACCACCAAGGGAGCAGGGCCAGCGUGGGAGGGAGGGUUGUGUGGGUUGAGGGUGGGGGGUCUGUCUUUGCUGUAAACAUGAUGAAUAUUCUUGUGGUGUAUUUUAACUGUAGAAGACAACAGAGGAUUGUCUGUUUGGUUUUACGAAACAAACUUGAAUACAAAUACCAAAACAUUUGUUGAACAUUUAAGGGAAAUCUUGCAACAGAGAAGACUUACAUUUAUGAGGAAAAACAAAAAAAAAAAACAAAAAAGAAAAAAAAACUGUAGUAAUAUUUAACUUGAGAGAAUGUAUUUGUCUGUGCUGUGUAAAUAUGAACCUGCUGAAACAUAUAUAAAUAUACAGUAUAUGAUUAUAUGUACACAGUUGAAUAACUGUGCACUCUAUAUUAGUUGUUAUACAACAAAUGUUGAGCACAGAGUUAUUCAAUUGGUUUUACUUUGGUUCUGUUUAGGAGCUCCAACAGUUUCACCUUCACCGACCAGUUCUCAGUUCACGCCAUGAUUUAUUCAUUCACACAUCUCAACAUCCGGACAAUCUUCUGUUCUCAUCAGUUUCCUCCACAUUCAUAUUUAUCUUUAUUUUUGUCAGCGUUACUGACGGGACUGGACUGGUGAAGGCUGUUGAAAAUGCAAACGUUAAAAGAAGAGAUAUUUAUCUUUAUUAAAAAGAUUGAAUAAAUUGUGAUCUAUGGAGUAAUACAAGUGGUAACAGUUAGGUGUAAGUAAGUUGUUUCAGCGUUUUGUUUCAAUCAUUUUUUUCCCUCCAUCGGAGUGGGUGAGUUCCUGAAUAUUGUUCAUUAAAACCUGUAGGGACAAAUCCGUUCAUGAGCGUGGUGGCGUCCCAUAUUUGUUGUUUCUUAAACCGCUGUAGUGCUGUCAGUAUGGAAAUCGUGACAAACGUUGUUAGCGGCGUGUGUUUGUUGGUUUGUUUGAGUUUGAUGUAAGAGCAUCGAGCAGUUUCUGUCGAUUAAUCUUUUUUCCAUAUUCUAUCGCCUUGUAUGUGGUCCAGGAAGUUGUGAGACAGAGUCAUGUUGUUUUAUUUUUUAAUGGUGUUCGUAUCAAACUGAAAUCAGUGGCACACACUCACCUUAACGUAGAGUAAAACAGAUUCUGGUCAGGAUGUCCGUGAUGGCGAGGCAGUUUGAGCAGCCCGUUGCCGUGUUUUAACCCGCUGCACCGGCGGCUCGUCUUUAUCGUUCCUCCUUCAGGGCGUCGAGCCACUGCGCCGCAUGCAGUUUUCUCCCUGCAUUCUGAAGCAUCCACAGAGACUCGGGAAGGAGCGAGCAUUUGUCUGGUCCACCACCACGGUCACUGCACAGCCCACACUUAACAGCAGCUCUGCCAUAUCGUACCCAAAGCACAAACACAGUGCUGCAAUAACGACUUGUACCCAGCUAGAGUCAGUACAGCCGCAGAUGUUUGCCAAAUGGUAAAGGUUUUGUUUUAUCGGCGGUUUCGCUGUGACAGCUCUGACCAGAAUGAGUUGCUCCUCAUCUCCAGCACAUAGCCACUCAUUGUACAGACGUUCAUUUUGUUUUAAAUCAGGGUUGUUUGACUCAAGCUACUGGCUUUCUGUAGUUUCUCCACUUCCUUUUCUUUCUUUGUGUUUCUUUCUCUUUCACUGUAGCUCUUAUAAAUAUGCUGAAAUGAAAUAUAGUCUGUUGUUAGUGGUGAAUGAUGUCUUGUGAUACUCUCUAAGCCCUUGGAUAGUGCUGUGUUUUAUUGUGAAUGAUGUAUUCAUAUUAGUAUUUAUGAUAAUGAUAAGUCAGAAAAAAAAAUUYAAGACUCUCCGAAAUUUUGCCGUAUUCUUAUUAUAUGGGAUCCAUGUGAAACUAAAUGAAAUAAACUUGACAUUAUUCUGUUGAA